GGUAACUUUAAAGAAGGAGCAAAUGUAAUGGAAAUACCUUCUAACUUGACAAAUGACAGACUCGAUUGUGAGAAAAGGGAUACAUUUGCAGUGCCUGUCCCUCUAGUAUUUCAGGCAUUUGCUGAACAAAAAACGUCUAGUCUCAAAUAUGCUUGGCAGUCAUCUUCUGAUUUUGCUUUAAGUGAAAAUAAAUCGGACUGUGAAAAUGGCCACAAACCAGACACUGAGCAUGUUUUUAACAAAAAUAAGAGUUUUAAAAGUGAUACAGAAAAUAAAAAAGUAAGGAACCCACUCACUAUGUUUGAAGUGAAAGAAGACCAAGAGCUUGACAUGCCAAUGGCAAAAAGUAUGAACCAAAAUAGCACUAAUUCUAAAUUAGAGAUGGGACAUAUACCUCAGUCUAGUCAUUCGGAAAGCCUUUGUGACAAAAGGUUUUCCAGCUCCAAUGAGGUGAGACAGAUGGCUGAAAUAAAAAGGCACAAUAGUUCUGCUGUUACAGACACUUACAAGAAGACAAAAGACUUGUUCCGGAAGCCAUUCUGUGCAGAUAAUGACAGUACUAAUAACUAUAGAAGUAUGGAACCCGAAGUAGAAAAUGAGAGUUCUUCUCCACCAUGUAGUUACGGAACAUCAGAAGUAUAUCUAAAAGAAGAAAUACAGCAAGAUGUUCAAAAGGUUAAGAACGAGAUAGGCAUGUUACAGAUAGACUUCCUGGAUUUGGAAAAAGAGAAAGUUCAACUUCAGAAAGAGAUUAAUGAAGAAAAGAAGAGACACCAAAGUAAUGGGAUGGCAGUAUUCGAAAACUUGUGUGCUUUCCCUGCUGCUGCUGCUGGACUAAUUCAACAAAGAGAGAGUGGAAAAACUGAAAACCACCUCUUUCCUGUUGGGAAAAAGGAAGAUUCUGAUGGGUGAGCCUAUAGCAAUAUUUAAAUAGUAGGUAAUUAUUAUUUUCCUAUAAAACAAAUUCUAGUUGGAGCUAACAUUCAUGAUUAACAAAUUUUAUAUUUUUAGUAGGGCUAUUCCGUCCUGGGUGCUAAUCAGAAAAUGCAAAUAACGAGAUAUCAUUUUUUGCAGUCAUUGUGGUAAAUAUUUUAUUAAAAAAUUAAUACCCAAAGUUAGCAAAUGUGAGGAAAAAGGCAUUCCUAUACACUGUUGUUAGAUGAAAUUGGUAAAUCCUUUCUGAAGCGUGAUUUAGCA